UGUUGAAAUUUGCCGAAAGUGCCGCAAGAGUCGCGUUCAGUGCGUCAGGGCCUUAAACGGGAAGAAAGCAUAAAAGAGGAAAUAGAUAGAAAAACAAGGCAGCGACCGGGAGAUAAGAGAAAAAGGGUGAAAAUAGAGUUCGAAGAAAGAGCGAGAGCAAAACUGGAAUCACCGACGACCGUCCUAGCCACCGACGCAGCAUCCCAGUUCCAGUUCCACAUCUCCCCGAGUCCAACAUCAUCAUCCAACCCGCAUCUUCUCGGUCCUGGUGAGAGGAACAGCCAAAGUGCCGUUGUGUUCUGCGGUCGUGCCAGCCACGGGUUCAUCUCAGAGUUAAGCCCGUCCAAAGCCAGGAAGAGUCGUUUGUGGUGCAGCAUCUUCCAGGCCGUUGCUCCUGCUGGUGAUCGUCGAGAUGGCAUCUAACGGAGCAUACAAUCUGACGGUGGACGGAGAGCUGCGCUACGUAUUGCAGUGGUUCGAUGAGUGGACCGAUUUCCAGCGCGAAGAUUUUGUUCCGUACUUGGUGUCCUACUUGGCGCGCCAGGGUGGCACAGCGGUGCACGUUAAUGGUAUUAUUGAUGGGAUGGCCCAGCUGAACCCCGGACAGGAUAAACCGAUGAGCUUGUUUCAGUGCAGGGUAAAACUCUUCAACGAAUGGUGCACCAAAUGGCCGCAGGACUUUAAAGCCAAAUUGCUCGAGCGGUUGGAGCAAAUCGACAGUCAGAUUGCGGACCGAAUACGGUCCGAACUGCUGCUGGAUGGUGCCAGCAGCAACGGAACAUCCUCUAAUGAGGUGACGGUCAACGGCAGCAUUGAGGUCGCUGCAGAAAACGAAUCUUCCACUUCGCCAACAACCGUAUUUCCCCAUGAAGUUGCGGCACCGGUACCCGUGCUUGUUGCCGAUGAAGAUUAGUAGAACCGUUUGAAUGUAGAACAGUCCAUGCGAAUGGACCACAAAGUACAUUCCGUUCAAACAUUCCUCGAUCGUUUGAUCAUAGUAAUAGCAUUAAGGAAGGCGAUGCUCGACGUUGGAGCACUACAGAUGAAUAUUUAUUGACAAUUUUGCGUUGCAGAAUCUAUACUGAAGUCUCUAUCCUUCUCUUCCACCACCUAAUAGCAGCUGGUAGGAGUUAGUAUUUCAUUUAUUUAAUCAUUCGAUCAUCAUAUCGUUACAUACGUAAGACCUGUUGAAAUGUUGAAACACCGAACCAGAAUAAAGAAUCUCUCGUAUUUA